CCGAGGGUUGGAGAAUGGAUGCGGCGCUGCUGUUUGCGGCUGCCGUGCUCCUCGCUGUUCUUCUCUUCUUCGCCACCCGCGUCCGCGGCCAAGCGAGGGCAGCUGAUGAGGAGCACCAGCAGAAUGUGGCAGCAGCAGCAGCUAGGCCUCGGCCCCAUGCCGAGGAGCGGGGAGAUGGGAUGCCGAGGCGCCGGAGGAACAUGGGCAGCAGGAUGAUGGCCCAGAGGAGAGCACAGCAGGCAGAAGACUGGCUGGAAGAGGAAGAUGAUGCUGAGGAAGUGCCAGAAUUUCAGGUGUCUGGGAAAAUUGGAGCAAAGAAGCAGAGGAAAUUAGAAGAGAAACAAGCCAGAAAAGCACAGAGAGAGGCUGAAGAAGCAGAGCGAGAAGAGCGGAGAAAGCUUGAGUCCAAGAGAGAGGAGGAGAGGAGGAAAGAAGAGGAGAGACUGCGUCUGGAGGAGGAGCGGCAGGAAGAGGAAAAAAGGAAGGCAAAGGAAGAAGAGGAGAAGAGAGAGUAUGAAGAGUACCUGAAGCUGAAGGAGAGUUUUGUAGUUGAAGAGGAAGGGGUUGAAGAAUCAAUGACAGAGGAAGAGUCUCGCAGCUUUCUGAUGGACUUCCUUGCCUACGUGAAGAAAACAAAGGUCAUCCAGCUGGAGGACUUGGCUUCUCAUUUGGGGUUGAGAACACAGGAUGCAAUUAACAGAAUCCAGGACCUGAUGGCAGAUGGCACUCUAACAGGUGUGAUUGAUGACAGAGGGAAGUUCAUCUACAUCACUCCAGAGGAGAUGGCUGCCGUGGCUCAGUAUAUCAAGCAGAGAGGACGAGUCUCCAUCGCAGAGCUGGCCCAAGCAAGCAAUUCCCUCAUCAACCUCCAGCCUGACAGCCAAGCUGUUGCUCCAACUGUGGCCUGAAGUGGUGUCAUGAGGAGGAAAAAAAUACAGCAGGAGUUAAACUUUGUAAUGAAAUGAGCCCCAUAAUUAAAACCAAGCAAGAGCCCCUCCUGUCCAUGCACAGUGCUUGGAUGCUCUUAAGCAUCAGCUGCAAGACUUGAUCAAAAGUUUCUCUUUUCACUCUGUUAGAGCUGGUAUAAAAUAGGGCAGGCUUUGGUUCUGGCCAAGAGCUUGGGGCUAAAACACUGAUGUACCCUGGAAAAUCAGCAGGUUUGAGGUGGUUGUUUUACCUUGGCAGACAGUCUCGUGUGACUGCACCCUGAGUUUUUACUGUUGCCAGACUCUGCUGUCUGAUUCAAAUAUAAGCUGGCUGUGAUUGUCUCUGGGAUUCUCCAGGCUUGCUCUGCACUGUCAGAGCUGUGUAACUCUGUGGCAAUGCCAUAUGCAACUUAGGGUAAUAAAUGGGUGUGCAGGGGGGGAGGCUUGCAGAUUGUGUCCUCUAUAAACAUUGGAAGGAUGGAGUCAAAAAGGAAAUACUGGAAGUGUGCUUCUGUUCCUACUGAAACUCUAGAGCUGUGAGAACUUCAAUAGGUGACUUCAGAAACCUUUGCCAUGUCAGUAUGGCUUGGUUUAGGUACUGUAUGAAGUUUGCUUGCAGGCAGGCUCAGUUACUUUUGUGUAGCCAAGAGACAGAAACACCUCCAGGGAAAGGCUCACUUGCCUCAUGCAUUGUGAAGGCCAAUUGUACUGAUGGCAGCCAGCUUCUGAUGAGUCAUCUCUUGAAGUAGGAGCCAGCUCAGGCGGCCUCAGACACCCUCAUUCCAUGGCCUUUGUGUCCUGGAUGGUUGGGUGUUUGAACAAAUCAGAACUUGAGGCACUAUGAGUCAUGGUGCAAGUUAAAUGAUUGUUAAUGUGUUAAUUGUAGGGGUAGGAGAUUUCCUGCAUCAGAAUAUUUAUGUAGCAGCCUAAUUGAUACUUUGAUUUCAGAAAGGAGGAUUGACAGAACUGAUGUGUCCAUGGAGCAGCUGGGGAGAGCAAGAGGAACUGCUUUGGUCUCUGCCUAAUUUAGAGCUGACUGGAGCAGAGGAAAAGCUGCAUUAGCAGUGAGAGGAGGGAGCACUGAAGCAGUGGGAGGUAGCACAGUUCCUUUUUAACCUCUGAACUGCUGCUGACUGUGACACUGCAGGGGUGCUGAGCUGUCAUCCAGGGUGGGUCCAUGGCACAGCAUAAAGCUGCGAGGCUUCUGAAGUCUCUUCAUUAUUCAAACAAGUAUUUUUGCUAUGACUUUUCUUGGUCUGCCCUAAAUUAUUCUUGUACUAAAAUAAACA